GAAGCUGCGUCAGGAUUUGACAUCCACUUGUACCCAUCCCAGGACCUUCUGCGCCUGCUUGCUUCCCUGCUUACACAGAUUGCAGCCGCCAACGACAAUCUUCCGUCUGACAACCCUUACACAGGCUCUCAUUCAUCCUCCUCAUCUUCUCUCCGGCCUAUAUGGCGAACUCUUGCUGAGGCAUCUCAAGACGCUCUGGCUACCCCUUCUUCUUCACUUACCUUCCAUGCCCGCAAUAUUCCCACCAUCUCUCUAGAAGCCUACCUGCUCCGCAUUCUCAAAUAUUGUCCAACCACGAAUGAGGUCUUCCUCUCUCUACUUGUUUACUUCGACCGAAUGGCUCGCCUAGCAAACGAAGCUACAGGGAAGACAUUUGUCAUUGACUCGUAUAAUAUCCACCGUCUUGUCAUCGCCGGCGUCACCGUAGCAAGCAAGUUUUUCAGUGAUGUCUUUUACACUAACUCGCGCUAUGCCAAGGUCGGCGGGCUGCCCCAGGCAGAGUUAAAUUCGCUAGAGCUGCAGUUUCUUCUGCUCAACGAUUUUCGACUGAUGAUCUCUGAGGAGGAGAUGCAGCAUUACGCAGAGCAACUCAUCUUGUUCUCUCAAACACAUUCCCUGCCUUCACAAUCUUCCUCCACGUCUACAUUCCCUGACCCACAUCAAUCCGGUAUUCCAUCCACCACCGCCACCGAUGUGCCAUCCGCACCUAUACGGACGAUGGGAGCCUUCGAUGCAUACGGUGGACGUGUAUCCGAAUCCUUUUCGCGAAACUCGAAUUCGCCUGCGCACGCUGACAUAGCCGGCCCUCGUACCCCGUCCGUCCGCCCACGGCGUUCAGCAGCUUCAUUUGUUGACUCGGACGUCGAUACCGAGACUGAGACCGAGACUGAGACCGAUGGCGCAAGCCUUGACGCAAGCCUUGAUGGCUCGACGGACGAUGAGCCUACGAUUCGGCCAGCAUAUUCCACCUCGUCGGACGCACGGAGCGUCUACAGCUCAACGAGCGAGGAUACUGAUGCAGAUGAG